CCUCCAGGGGAAGGUUAUUCAAAAGUGAUUAGGUGGGGUGUAUUUUAAAGAUUGAGUCCAGGAUGUUUGUCAGACAUUAUCAUCAUAAUCGGUGGGAGAAAAACAUUGGUCCCAGUGGCGUAUCCUGAGGUAGGAGAAGUGAGAGCCGGUGCUCCACCUAGCAGUGAUGAAGAGGCAGAGAUCCUGGGGGGACAGGGAGCAUCUGGAUAGCAACACAGAAGACUCCACAGACAACAGUGAGCAGGAUGACUCCUCAUCUCUGAAGUCCUCCUGGUCUUUGGCGGACACCAUGAACUACGUUGGCCAGCUGGCAGGUCAGGUGCUGGUUACGGUGAAAGAACUGUAUAAGGGCAUUAAUCAAGCCACGUUGUCUGGCUGCAUCGAUGUUGUGGUCGUCCGCCAGAGAGAUGGCACCUACCAGUGCUCACCAUUCCACGUGCGCUUCGGCAAGCUGGGUGUGCUGCGCUCUAAAGAGAAAGUGAUCGACAUCGAAGUGAAUGGAGAGCCUGUAGACCUGCACAUGAAACUUGGAGACAAUGGCGAGGCCUUUUUUGUCCAGGAGGCUGAGCAGCAGAAUCAGAUUGUCCCCGCCCACUUGGCCACCUCCCCAAUCCCCACUGAGAGUCACCUAUUCUGGAUGUCCGAGGUGGAGCACAGGCCACCAAAAGAUUUGGAAGAUGACCCCGCUGACCGAGAGGAUCCACCCGAGCCUCCUGCUCCCAGUACAGUGGCUACAAAAAAGAAGAAGAGACGGAAGAAGAAGCACAAAGGAGACCCUCGAAGAGAGGAGCUGACCCCACCCAUGUCAGUCACUACUGGUAACGCUAUUGCUGCUAACGUACCUGCUGCUGCUCCUGCUGCUACAACUGCUGCAACUGCUGCUAUGUCCAGCACUGGGCAAAACGAGGAGAUCUUUGAGAUGGAUCUGAGUUCUGAUGACGAUGUUGCAGCACAUGUCUCGAGGUCACCUUCAGUAACCACAAUACGAGACAUUGACCCCAAAUUACCUGCAGCCAGACACAGCCUUGAUGGUUAUCCGCUGUCUGAUGGAGAUUGGCGGGUAGAUGACAGUCGUGGCUUGUCUCAGGCUUUUUCCCCAAAGAGUGACUCUGAACUGUUAGUGAGGCCUUCAGAGAGUCUGCUCAGAGCUGAGUCCCACAUGCAGUGGACCUGGGGAGAGUUUCCAGAAACAACCAGGGUCACCAAAAAAGAGAAACCAGAACUACUAAAAACCGUGACCAUCACCCCUUCGGAGAGCACCCACUUCCGCGUCAUCCUCAGCUCCGAGGCCAUGGAGAACGAGAGCGAGAUCGAAAAAGAAGACGGUGCCUCCUCAGUGUGUACCAUCAUCAAGCCACAGCCACGCACCCCUAUCACCACUGUAACACCUGAGGACCCUCUCACAUCUGUCAGCACUGCAACUGCUGAUAGGAGUCCUAUAACUCCCUCGGAGCCUCUGGAUGUCCUGCCCUCCAGUGUGAUGACCUCCACUCCUACUAACAGCCAACUGAGCGAUUCCCCCUCUAAAAAGAAAGGUGUCCCAAAGAGGAGCCAGCAUCAGGGUCCUGAGGAUAUCUACCUUGAUGACCUGAAUGUACUUGAACCUGAUGUUGCAGCACGAUAUUUUCCUAAGAGUGAGUCUGAAGCAGCCACUAAGCACUGGAUGGACUCGGAGAUGCCCUCUGGUUCACAGUCUCCACAGUCGGUAGGAAGUGCAGCCGCUGACAGUGGGACCGAGUGUCUUUCGGACUCAGCUAGCGACCUUCCUGAUGUCACUCUUUCCCUGUGUGGAGGCCUUACAGAGAACGCGGAGAUAUCCAAAGAAAGAUUCAUGGAGCAUAUCAUCACCUAUCAUGAAUUUGCUGAGAAUCCAGCAAUCAUAGAUAACCCCAACCUGGUAGUAAAGAUAGGAAAUAGAUAUUAUAACUGGACACUAGCUGCACCCUUGAUUCUAAGUCUACAAGCAUUUCAGAAGAAUUUACCAAAGGCCACAGAGGAGGCCUGGGUGAAGGAGAAAAUGCCAAAGAAGUCAGGCCGUUGGUGGUUCUGGCGAAAAAGGGCGGAUAGUUCAAUCAAACAGUCAGAGACUAAGCUCGAAACAAAGGAGGAGUCUCAUUUGGAGGAGGAAGGACCCUCCAUACCUCAGGAGAAGCUGGUCUUACCUCCUAAAGCAGGAGACUCGUCCAGCGAUGAAGAGGGCAAGGAGGUCAGCGCUGCAUCCUGUCAAGAGAGACUUCAGCCAAUUGAUGGUCAGCACCACACUAGCCCACACGCUUACAGGAAGUCACUACGCCUCUCUUCUGAUCAGAUAGCCAGUCUGAAACUGAAGGAGGGGCCUAAUGAUGUGACAUUUAGCAUCACCACACAAUACCAGGGAACGUGCCGCUGUGAAGGCACCAUCUACCUGUGGAACUGGGACGACAAAGUCAUUAUCUCUGACAUUGACGGCACCAUCACCAAGUCCGAUGUGUUUGGACAGAUUUUGCCACAGUUGGGGAAAGACUGGACUCACCAGGGCAUUGCCAAGCUCUACCACUCAGUAGCUGAGAACGGCUACAAGUUCUUGUACUGCUCAGCGAGGGCUAUUGGCAUGGCAGACAUGACAAGGGGUUACCUGCAGUGGGUCAAUGAUGGAGGCACCAUCCUGCCCCGAGGACCUCUCAUGCUGUCUCCCAGCAGCCUCUUCUCUGCCUUCCACAGGGAAGUCAUUGAGAAGAAACCAGAGAUCUUCAAGAUUGAAUGCCUUACAGACAUCAAGAACCUGUUCCAGCAUAACAAGCAGCCAUUCCACGCCGCCUUUGGGAAUAGAACUAAUGAUGUGUUUGCCUAUAAGGAAGUAGGAGUUCCAGUGUGCAGGAUCUUCACAGUCAACCCCAAGGGAGAGCUGAUCCAAGAGCAGACAAAGGGCAACAAGUCCUCUUACGGCCGGCUCAGUGAGCUGGUGGAGCAUGUGUUCCCUCUGCUGAGUAAAGAGCAGAAUGAGGCCUUUGUCAUGCCGGAGUUCAGCUCAUUCUGUUACUGGAGACAGCCCAUACCCGACAUUAACCCAGAUGAACUGCUGUGAUCCAGCACGCACGGACACUCAGGUAUACAUGCUCAUGUAUACACACACGGAGCGGGCACUUGAAAGUAUCUUCAGGAAACACUUGGACUGGACUGGAACCCCAUCCUCCUCCUGUAAUACUCCAAACUGAUGCUCACAAAGACCCAGCUCUAUAAAAAAGUAUCAGAAUCGUGAGUGUGAACGCAGAAAAAGCUGGUAAAUUGUAAUUUUUAAGAUGAGUGGAUGUUUUCUCCAGAAAGUGAGUCCUGGUGAUUAAUAUCUGUGAGACAAACAACUAAUCUAAAACUAAAUUAUCAGCCCAGCAGACACUCUUUAGUCCCCACCACUGUACAGGGAUAAAAAUCCUUUUGUCUCUCUAACUUCUAUCAAAGAGGAUGGUCUGCAUUUACCAUCAGGAGAGCGACUGAAGCCCCACACAAGGUAUUUUCCCUUAGCACUAGACUCUGAGAUCCAGAAUGCGCUAAAGCUGGGCAGAAAGAAAAGACAUUGUUUUCACAAGUAGGGACAUUUUCUGAACAUCCUUAACAAAUGAAAUGUUCAAAGCAAUUAAGUUAAUUAAAACAAGACAGUCACUAGUCACGUGCCGGAUAUAUUUUGCUGUUCAUGCCUAAAUUUAGUAGCCAGGCUGUUUUCUGUUCUAAAAAAAUAAGUAAAAUCAUGAUAGUGGCUGCUGAAUAAGACUAUACCAACUAUGAACCAUACACAGUACUUCAUUUCCAUGAUCCUGCCGUAGGAAAGGUGUGUUCAGUUUUGUUCCCGACACUCUGGACUCUGGACUGUGGUCAUUAGUUCACUGCCGGUGGAGGCGCGAACAGAUUUCCGAUGGUCACUAUUCCCUUGUAGUUAAUAUCGUACCGAAUGAGUCAUGUUUGGUAUUCAGUGUUCAAGGUUGCACCUGGGAUUUACGUUUGCCAACAAGUGUGUGAUGACGCACAUUUAAAUUAAAAGAAAAAGGAAGAAGAAAAGAAAAAGAAAACAACGACAAAAUGAAGCAGUUUCAUGGUAUAUUGUCUUGCCGUUAUUUUAAUGUUUAUUCUGUUAUACAAGCUUUGGUUAAUCAAGUGUGUUUUGUUAACAAAGCAGUCAUUAUUUAUAAAAAUUGAUAUGUUUAAGUUAUUGAUUUCUAUCGUGAUGCCUUUGCUCGUCUGAAAAAUAAUAAUUGAUCACCAAUGAAAUGUGGAAAUACUUCAAAUCAGUAUUUUGUAUGCUUGAUCACAGGUUAACAUGCACUUAACAGUAACUGCUAGGCCUUGUAUGAUUUUUUUUUUUUUGAUUUUUUUUUUGGGUUGACAACGAUCUGUAUUCCUUGCUUUACACAUUCCUGAACCUCAGACUCCACAGCUUUAGUAUUAGAAUAUAAAAUGUAUGUGUAAAUGUCAAAGAUAAUGCUUGAGUGGGAACAGUGGAGAUAAGCAGAUCUGAGAAGAGCUUAGACUGAAGAUUUUUGGUUUGCUAGGUCCCCUGUAGAAGGACUAUGGUGUGUGUGUGUGUCUGUGUGUCUGUGUGUCUGUGUGUCUGUGUGUCUGUGUGUGUGUGUGUGUGUGUGUGUGUGUGUGUGUGUGUGUGUGUUCACCUAAUCACUGAGUGCUGCUGCUGCUGUUGGGAUGAUCUUGCACUCUUUGCUCAUGUUCCCUCAGUGGCUUUACCAAGACUUAUCCAACGCACUUUGUCUAAGCUGCAUCAGAAAAACGCAGACUUUACACCUCGGCACACCUCUCACCCACAUGCACUUCACUUUAGGGUCUUUGUUGACGGAAGACCAGAGUAUGCAAUUAAAUGUGGGAUGAAGAGCUGUAGUUUUACCUCUUUGAUGUGUUAGCGACACCACAGACAAAUCAGUGUAGGUAUUUGUUGGUUGCAAGGCAAAAAUGUGGGGAUGGAAAAACAAAAUCAUGUUUAUUUGGAGUCCUAAAUUAGACACAAAGUUAGCAUCAGAGCUAGCCCUAAGUGUGUGUGUGUGUGUGUGUGUGUGUGUGUGUGUGUGUGUGUGUCUGUGUCUGUGUCUGUGUCUGUGUCUGUGUGUGUGUGUGUGUGUGUCAGACAAAAGACUGAACCCAUGCGUCACGGCCCGAGGAAGAGCCAUCGGCUCUUGUUUGGACAUAAACAGGAAAUACUUGACUGUAUGCAGGAAGCUUUUUGAAGUGCUUCAACGGCAUUAUGUGUGUGUUGUGGGCGGACGUGGCACUCCACUGACAUGGAUCAUACCUCCAGCACAAAUGUAACAGUAACAUGGUACUGUGUGCUCGGGAGGACUAAAAAACUAGGCGAGACUUGACAGACAAAAAGCACAAUUUACGAUGACAGCUGCGUAUAUCCAGAUUGUCAGUAAUAGUUGUCGUUAUUUCGCUGAAGUGUAUCCGUGUUCACUCUGUAGCUCAGAUGUUUUUUUUAAUGACUAAAAUGCGUGUUUUGUUUUGAUUCGUUUGCUUGUUCUCUAAGACGUUUGGUGGAGUCAAAUAGAUAUAUCUUCUAAUUAACUAAAUGAAAUCCAUUCUUUCUAUGAAAGUAAAACAUCUUGUGUGGAAAGAUCACACUUCAUCCUCUAUGAUCCUGAGAUGUGGUAUAUAAUAUUGUUCUCACUUCAACUGCUGUGGAAAAUGAUCCAGUGUAUGUGCUGAUCAUCACAUUCUUCUGUCUUUGAUGCCUUUUUUUUGUUUUAUUAUUUCGCUUAUAAAAGUGUAUGACCUUUUUUGUGGGAUUGUGUUUGUUUUUGUUAUGUUUGGAGGUUAAUGCUUGCUAUGUGAUUGUGUCUGACCAACAGAAAUACUUUAAGUGUAUGCUGUGUUGAUUUGUAUAGAAAUGUGGUUUAAACUAUGUUUAAAGAACAAAAUCCAAUGUAAGAAAAAAAAAACAGGCCUAAUGAAGCUAACAAAGUGUGGCUUGUGGUCAUAUUUGUAUGAAAUAAAGUUUCUAACUGAA